CAACGAUGGACGUCGACUGGUGUUUGACUUGUGAACGCCAUUUGAGCGGCUCAUGGACGUAUUGCUCCCCAGAAUGCCAGAACAGAGGUCCCGCUAAUGUACGGGUCCUGCCCUCCUCGUCCUCGAGUGCAGAGAGCGACGAGGAGCCCAUCUACCACACCAUUCACGACGUGUCGCCCUCGUCCUGGACAUGGGAGAAGAUACAUGCAUGGGCAACCGUGAUCCCUGAGGUGGUGCCGGUGCCCCGACCACAACGCCCAUACCGGACCCCAAAACUGCUUAGCCAGCGUCGGACGCCGCCCACCGUCGCGAUGACCAUCCCAGAGCAGAGUCGUUCAGACCGCUCCCUUCCGAUAUCCCUUCCAAAAAGGCCGGCCACCGUUCUAGCUACGCUCGCCGACCACUUACGGACAUGGGCUGUGUCCCGCCCUUGCUUCCCGCCCCCGCCGUCACCGACGGACUCGUUCAUCACCCUUUCUUCUAUGCCCUCAUCCCCUUCCUCGUCCCAAUAUGAGGAAACCGCCUCACUGCCCAUCAAAUACCGCCCCCAAGACGAGCGUCCGCCGCCCCAGACCCGCUUCCUCCACCAGCCCCCUUCUCGCCAUCCCCAGCCUUGUACACCAGCAUUGACAAUACAGCUCACUUCCAUCAGACACCUAUCAGCAUUGCUUCCGUCGUUCUGUGCAUCUUCGACGGUCUAG